CAACCAAAAAGUGGGCUGCAUUGUUUUGAUAGAAAAAGUUGUCCCGYCGUCAAGGUAGCAUCAGCAACGUCGCGUUGGCACCAACACCAACAAGCACCGUCUGCUGCUUUUCCGACGCACGCGACCGAUUGAAUUGAAUUACAUUGGUUCCUUCCCGCAAAACUCAACGAAGCAGGGACACGCGGUGGGUUGAACCUCCGGGAGCAACAUCGACAGAGACGGAAAUAGAAACGGCUCUCGGCAUCCGUUCUUGCGCAAGGAGCGUGUGCGCUGGUUCCGAACGCCGGGCGGGCAUUGUUAUGGAGGGCACGGGGGCUCCGUCCUUCGACGGGGACAAGGACGAGGACGACACCAAAGCCGGCGUCGACCGGGUCCGGAUCCACCACCACCGGCGGCUGGGGACCGCGCGAACCGGCGGGAAGAGAGCGCGAAGGAAAACGCAAACGCAACUGCAAGCGCAGGGACACCGGGGUGGGAAAGAACCCGCUGCCGUUAGCGUUCUGGUCCGGAUCCCCAAGCAUUCCUCGGUGCUCCCCUACCUGCUAGACUGCCAUAGGAACCACUACCGCCACCACCAUCGCCUUCCAGGAGCAGAAGAAAGCAUUGACGCGAAAUCCGCGGAUUCGCAUCCUUGCCAAGACCUCCACCUAUUGUGCCACCGACCGGGGGUCCUCUGGCGCGGGCUGCUCCCGUUGGUAUUUUCCUCUCUUUCGGCAGUGGAAGAAGAGGCCGCGGCCACCCCUCGCGGCACGCCUUCCCAGCGGAUGUUGCUGGGCCUCGGCCUGCGGGGCGCCCUGGAUCGGGCCCAAUCGGGAAGGAACGGCCACGGAUGCGAAUCCGGUGGGGAAGCUUGUGUCCACAUGGACGAAACGACACAGCAACAACAAUCACAACAACAAUCAACGCCAAAGAGCAACGCCAAAUCCGA